GUUUUGCCUUUCCCAACCCCGCCCGCCGCCUCCUCCUCCGGCCGCGAACCGGAUCCGCCGCCUGGCUUUUCCUCCCGUCUUCGCCACUGCUCCAGGCUGCAGCUCCGGCUCCUCCCCCGCGCCGGCACCAGCAGGCAAGGAUCCUCCAGCAUCAGGAAUAAGCCAAGAGUUUUGCAAUUAGAAUGUGAUUUUGGCUGGUUUCCCUCGGUCCUCCGCCCCACCCUAACCCCAGUGGGGGUGCCAGCAAGUGCAACUUUCUUCUCUUUAAGGAUUAUGGAGAGAGAGAGAGACAGCCAAAUUAAAGUUGGAGCUACAGCCAGUCCUCGACUUACGGACCCCCAGUUGAGCCCAACAUUUUGGUUGCUAAGCGAGACCAGUUGUUAAGGUAAACUACAUGUGAGUGCAUUUGCUCAUUUCCUGUAGCCACGCUUCAUCUGAAUCUUGUAAAGCUGCUUUGCUGGAGUGCUUCUGCCUUUGAAGCACAGGAAUAAAUAGGCCCAGUCUACUUAAGCAUACAUUUCUAUGCUUGGAUUAUGACAGCAAAAAUCCUACAAGAAGCUUCUUCAGAAAUAUAUGCAGUCCAGGUUACAUCAGAGUGAGAGCUGUUAAAUCUGCUGUGAAGUAUACUUGACUAAGAUAUUCAUAAUGGAGACUUCAUUUCCCAAAAGACAAUGCGUCAGAGACUUUAUAAAAAUUGUCUCCAUGUGUUUCCUUUUAAUAUGGCUUGUAGCUUUAGUUGACCCAACUCAAGAUUAUUACAGUUUACUUGGAAUAUCCAAAGAAGCAACAAGUAGGGAAAUUAGGCAGGCUUUCAAAAAGUUGGCUCUAAAGCUGCAUCCUGAUAAGAACCAGAACAAUCCAGAGGCACAUGAAAAUUUCUUGAAAAUAAACCGAGCAUAUGAAGUAUUAAAAGAUGAAGAUCUGAGAAAGAAGUAUGAUAAAUAUGGUGAAAAAGGUCUGGAAGAUCACCAGGAAGGAGGUCGCUAUGAAAGCUGGCACUUUUACCGCUAUGAUUUUGGUAUCUAUGAUGAUGAUCCUGAAAUCAUAACAUUAGAUAGAGGAGAAUUUGAUGCUGCUGUUGGUUCUGGAGAACUGUGGUUUGUAAAUUUCUAUUCUCCUCGAUGUUCACAUUGCCAUGAUUUAGCACCCACGUGGAGAGAAUUUGCUAAAGAAAUGGAUGGAUUAAUACGCAUUGGCGCCGUCAACUGUGGUGAUAAUAGAAUGCUUUGCCGGAAUAAGGGAAUCAAUAGCUACCCCAGCCUCUACGUGUUCAAAAGUGGAAUGAAUCCAGUGAAAUUUUAUGGUGACAGAUCAAAGGAGAGUUUAACAAAUUUUGCCAUGCAGUAUGUCACAAGCACGGUGACAGAACUAUGGGCAGGAAAUUUUGUUAACACUGUUGAAACUGCAUUUGCUUCUGGUAUCGGCUGGUUAAUUACAUUUUGUACUGAACAAGGAGAUUGUUUGACUUCUCGAACACGCCUUAAAUUGGCUGGCAUGUUGGAAGGCCUGGUUAAAGUAGGCUGGAUGGACUGUGCCACCCAGGGUGAGCUUUGUGAUAGUUUGGAUAUCUCAUCUAGCACAACAGCGUAUUUUCCACCUGGAGCCACCUUAACUAAUAAAGAGAAAGGAGGUGUUUUGCAUGUGAACUCCUUAGACGCAAGAGAAAUAUAUUUGGAAGUCAUGAAGCACCUUCCAGACUUUGAUACAAUCCUGGCAUCUACUUUAGAGGAUCACGUGGCCCACCAUCGAUGGUUAAUAUUCUUUCAGUUUGGCAAAAACAGCAAGUCAGAUUCCCAUGACCUUAAGAAGCUAAGUGUUCUCCUUAAAGCUGAAAAUAUUCAAGUUGGGAAGUUUGACUGUCUUACUGCUGCUAAUAUUUGUAACAGUCUGUAUGUUUAUGAACCAUGUGUAGUGGUCUUUAAAGGACGGGGAAUGGAUAACUAUGAAAUCCACCAUGGGAAAAAUAUUCUGUAUGAUUUAGUGGCCUUUGCCAAGGAGAGCGUGAAUUCCCACGUCAUUACACUUGGACCUCAAAAUUUUCCUGGCAAAGAGAAAGAACCAUGGCUUGUUGAUUUUUUUGCACCUUGGUGUCCUCCUUGCCGGGCUUUAUUGCCAGAACUGAGGAAAGCAUCAAAGCAUUUGUAUGGCCAACUCAAGUUUGGGACAUUGGAUUGUACGGUUCAUGAAGGGAUUUGCAAUUUGCACAACAUUAGAGCUUAUCCAACCACUGUGGUAUUCAAUCAGUCUCACACGCAUGAAUAUGGAGGACAUCACUCAGCUGAACAGAUCUUAGAGUUUAUUGAGGAUCUUAUGAACCCUUCAGUGAUAUCCCUAACACCAGAUACCUUCACUGAGCUAGUGAAGAAAAGGAAGAAUAACGAAAUCUGGGUGGUUGAUUUUUAUGCUCCGUGGUGUGGUCCCUGCCAAGCUUUAAUGCCAGAAUGGAAGAAGAUGGCAAGGUUGCUGAAUGGACUGAUUGUAGUCGGUAGUGUGGACUGCCAAAAAUAUUUUUCUCUGUGUCAUCAAGAAAAUAUUCAAGGCUAUCCUGAAAUCAGGCUGUUCCCACAAAAAUCGGCUUCCUCUUAUCAGCACUAUAGCUACAAUGGCUGGCAUCGAGAUGCCUAUUCAUUGCGAAGAUGGGCACUUGGUUAUCUGCCUCAAGUAUCUCUGGACCUGACACCUCAGGCCUUCAGUGAUAAAGUUCUGAAUGGAAAGGAGCAUUGGGUCAUUGACUUCUAUGCGCCUUGGUGUGGCCCUUGCCAAAAUUUUGCUCCAGAGUUUGAGAUACUCGCAAAGACAGUUAAAGGAAAAGUGAAAGCUGGCAAAGUUGACUGCCAGGCCUAUGCUCAUACAUGUCAAUCUGCUGGCAUCAGAGCCUAUCCCACAGUUAAAUUUUAUCCUUAUCAAGGAACAAAGAAAAAUAUUUUGGGGGAGCAGAUUGAAAGUCACGAUGCAAAAGUCAUAGCCGAACUACUGAUGGAGAAAGUAGAAAGCCUUAAAAAAAAGAAAAAACAAUCUUCCAGAAAAAAGGAUGAACUCUAAAUUAAGAAGUGAAUUCAAAUCAUAGUGAAUCUGCAGCAGUGGUCUGAUCAGAUCAUGUUCCUCAAGAAGAAAAGGAAAUGCACUGAAAUUCCUGGGCACAUGAAUCUUCUACAACUAUUAAGGAACAUGUUCUGAAUCAUCCAAAGUGUACAUUUAGUAAUAGAGACAUCAACUCCGGCAACCAGUUUGGUACCCUAACUGUACCUCAGGAAGGCUGUUCUUCUUUGAUUGUGGGCAUGGGACUUGAUAGGUAGUGGGAUUUUUUUCUUUUUUCUUUCCACCUUCCCAAUCGUACUCUAGAGAAUCUUUUCUUGUGUUGAAAAAAGAACCUCAAUAAGAUGGCAGGUGAAUAGUCUUUUCUUCAAGAUAGAAAGACUAAGCAAAUCUCUUCGUCUCUGAGGGGAAAAGACUCAACUUCGGUGUCGUCUCUGAGAGAAAAAGGCUGAACUUCGGUUUUACUGUUAGUGUGCUUUGUCAAGGAUUCACUGAGUAAGCUAAAGAUCUAGGAAUGAUCAAUUCCCUUUAACAUUCAACCCUCUUUAUGUAGAAUAUGAGUUAUCCCAAUCUCUAGACUAUGUUGAAGGACACUCAGAUCAACACAAACAACUACAUGAAGAUUUCAGUGCAUGGCAGCUAAGAGAAAACCAUGCUUGGGUUGGUAGAACAUUUUGUGGAACACCACUGUAAGUGUUCAAAGAGCAAUGACGUCUUUAGGGUCAUACAGUGAACUCAAUUCAGCAGCUGGCAGUACAUGCACAAGGUUGCAGUGUUGCAAGCUAAAGCAGUUUGGUUUUUCAUCCCAGGCUAAAGGGUUUCCUUCUUCAGAUUGUAAUAAUAUAUCUAAGAACAUUAAUGAACAGAGGGAUUAUCCAUCAUGGCUUCUGUCAUGAUCACUUGAAGCAACAGUGAGAUACUAUUGGCAUGGAAAUUCAUUGAUUUCAGCAAAACUUGCUUCCAGGUAAUCAACUAUAGAAGACCAGUUUAAAGCUUUUUACAUCAAAGCAGAUACACAUUUUAAAAAGCAAGCCCAUAAAAAGAUAUAUCUGGAUGGAAUUUUUCCAGUUCAGAGUACACCUAUUUCAGUUUGUGCCACAGCAGAAUUAUUCUGUUUUUUAGAGCAGGAUAGUCAAACCUGCAUCUGAGGCGUGCAGUGUGCUUUGUUGCCAGCCUACUCCUAUGUCUUAAGAAGCAGAAUUAUAAAACAUAAAUGUAUGUUUCAAGUGCCUUCUGAACAUUUACUGAUGGUUAUGGUUACUUUUGUGCAGCUUGUAAUAUUGGGAACCUACUUAAGAUAGUCUCAUUAGACUUGUUCAAGGAUUGAGAACGGUGUCCUUGAUGCAGUAUAAUAAAUACUCAUCUGAUGCCAAAUCAAGACCUAUAAAAUUAUGAAACUUAUUUCAGGUUCUUAAAGUCUUUAUUUCACUUGUUCUCACACCUUUCCUUGCAACUCUCUUGCUAGUUACUUGAAAAAAAAAUCUUUCUCUGCUUAAAAAUGAAGUGUGGUGUUUUAAUAUUGACACAAGAUUUGACACGAGGCAGUGUUGUUUUAAGAUAAGGACACCACUUUUCACACUUACAGCUUUUUUUAUUAUAUGUCAUCAAGUUGAGGUCAAUUAUUGGUGACCAUAUCCUAAUUGUUAUUGACUUCUUGUAUGUGUAAUAUUUUUCUGCAUAUGGAAGGAUCAGGAAGAAUAUAUGUACUUCCAUAAACUGAAAUAUCCAUACCCAGAUGUAAUCAGUGAUAGCUGAGCUAGGAAUGCAUACCUUGUUAUAAAAUUUCCAGAUAUGCUUCUUCCAAGGCUAAGGUUACAGAGAUUGCUGGUGAAUAGAAAGCAAAACAAGAAUACGAUUUUGUCUGUAAUAGAAAACAAUAGAUAAAAUGACUACAUCUAUUGAUAAAUGUUUUUAUUCAUCAAUUUCUCAUAUAGCCUAUUCGGGGUGCAGGAUUCAUUAAUGGAAAAAAUAUUUUAAAAUGCUACCUUGCAGGAAGAGGGAGAAAAAGCUGCCUGCCAUUUACUUUUACUCUUAGAAAUUGACUUGUAUAUUAUUUUCUGUAUACCUGAGAAUAGGUUUUGCUAAUAAGGAAACUUGAUUUAUGACAGGGUUUGGAAGAUCUCUUAGGCUUACCUACCUUUGAGCUCCUUGAUGAUACAAUCUAGGCCAAAGAUUCGACACUGUAGGAAAACACUCCUAUAUUCUUGAAUGAUUAAGUAUGUAGUCAUACUUUUGGAUACUAGACUGGAAGAAGACCAAGCAAUUGAAGAAACAGAAUAAAUAUUUGAUUAAUUGGGCUUGCAUUUGAAGAAGACUUAAUGUAAGUAGCCCGAAUUCAUUUGUGAAAAGGGCCCAUUAUUGGCUACAGUAUUGGGAGUCAAAUAUAUGUGAAGGCACAAAAGCUAAAACAACUUGUCUGGGGAAAAUAUAUAUACCAUAUCUGUUCCUGGGUGCCUGUACUUCUGUGUACUAUAAAGAGGACCUUUAUAAACGUUUGGUGUGAGAAUGGCAAUUCUGUUUUAAAAUCAGUUGUAAAGUUUACAAAUAAAAAACACUAUUCUUUUUAGCCCUUUUAAGCAGAACAGAUACAGAGCUACACUGUGACUGACAAAAGUUCUUGUCUCACUCCAUGAUUGUAUUGCAAACCAGAGUUUAUGAUAAAUUAAACUGUAUUUCAGGAUUCAGGUGA